UCCACUAGGGCCUGAAGGAGAGUUCCACUUCACUAUGGCUGCCCAUGACGAUGCGAUGAUGGACCAUCCAGCUUUCCUAAGAGCAGAAACGAGAUCCAAACAUAGACUUGUUGAUUUCUUCACACCAAGCUGCUUGCCUAUUGCCGAUUCAGUCUUCCCACUAACAACAGAUGACCUCUAUUUCACAAGCGCCUCAGUUUUGCUAGCAGUUUAUUCCACAGCCUGCAGCCCUGGAGCUGUGAUACAAGCAGAUCUUCCCGCUCCACCUCUGACAGCCGUCAAUCUUCAUUGGGAGUCGGACACUUCUUCUGUGACACCUCCCAGACCUUCUACAAAUCUUCUUACCAUGGAGGUCUCCUGUCUCUGGUCCCUUAUCAUCAUAACUAUUCUUAGAAUAUGCAAAGUACAUGCUCUUCUUCCAAUUCCCAUAAUAAGCAUGGAAGAGAAGGUAAAAAUCGAUGAAGAAACAAAGGUGACCUGCUCGCUGCCGGCCAGUGAAUGCCGAUGUCUGGAGGUGGAAUUAAGGAUCAUCACUGAGGAAAAACUCAAAAACUGUGUCUCUCACAAGGGAAAUUUCCCCAAUGUCACCUGCACACUGGAAGUCACCAAAGACAUGCACGAGGUGGAGUUAUCCUGCGAGGCUCACUUCCGGACCAAGAGCAAACCUCAAAAGCUGAAUAUUCAGACUGAACCUGAGUUUACAGACUGUCCCGAUAAGCUGGUCUGGAUAGAAGGACAGGAGAACAGCUUCCACUGUAAGGCCAAAGGAUACCCAGCUCCAACCGUGACCUGUGUGAAGGACAGCACUGUGUAUAUGGAUGGGGAGAAAUUCAUAACACAUAAGAACAUGUCCGGAGACUUCAACUGCAGAGCUGCAAACUUUGAUGUGGUGUCAAAGACGGUGACAGUGUCUGUGCAGUAUGAGCCCAAAAUAUCCCUCCUCAUCGUUGAACCAUCAGACGCAGUAGUGGAAGGGGAAAACUUGACUCUGAUCUGUGAAGCGGAUGCUGUGCCCCCUCCAUUGUACAGCUGGCACACCCCUACACCCCAACUUCUUUAUGAUCACGACAACCGGACCAUACAGAUUAAGGAUGCAAAGAAAGUACAUGAUGGAUUUUACAUCUGCAUUGCGCAAAACAAACACGGAAUCCAGAUGCGAAAACAGAAAAUCACUGUAAAUGAACCAGAGAUCGUUCCAGAAGUUGAUCUUGGCAAAUUAUCCAAAGACAAUGGCGCAGAUAAGAUGGGACCUGCGGACGUCGGACUCUUCACUGUGUUGAUAUUUUCAAGUUUCUACUAUUUGUUUUAAUCCCUUUGUAAACAUACAAAGCAAUGUGCACUAAUACAUUUUCUACAUAAACAAAAUGGAAUUAAACAUUCCUGUAAAA